AUGAGCGCUCCCGGCGACCCGCAGGCGGCCGUCCAGCGUCAAAUCGACGAGCUGCUCCAGCCACCAGCGCCCGCCGCUGCCGAAGCUUACUUCGCCGAGCUCUGUGAGGAUUGCAGAGGAGUGUGCGUGAGGCUGGAUGCGGGAGGAGGCCGAGGCAAAGGCCUAUUUGCCACAACUUCUUUUGAACCUGGCGAUGUUAUCCUGGAGGAAGCCCCACUGGUGGGGGGCCAACAUGCGCAGAACAAACGAGGGGCAGUUCUCUGCAGCCAUUGUUUCCAGCAUGUUGGCAGUCUGGAGUACCAGCUCAGCUGGUGGCUGAUGAACAACAUCGAGGAGCCUGAGGGCAGUGGAGCUGAGGUUCCAGCGCAUGCCUCAACUGUAACAGACAGUGAAAUGGAGAGAGAUCUGCUCUUGGGCGCACUGACAUUGCCGCACAGUGAGCGGUUUGCAGGUACUGUGCAAGCAGGGAUGCGGUGA